AUGCUAGAAUUUGUGCACACGCCUGCAAGGAGAAACCGGAAUUGUUGCACGACAGAUCCGUAAUGGUUCAAGCUCAACCACUGUUUCUACGUCGCCGAUAGUGUCUACAGCACGACGAACUAUUUGUUUUUGUUCAUUGUUUUUCUUGAUGUACACAAAUAUAAGAAUACUUUCGUCGGCCAGCUGUGAAUGAAAACCGUGUGUAUUUUACUCUGCGAUAAGAUUGUAGAGUAAGGAACACCGCUGCUCAGUCGUAUGAAAUUCUCGGAGCGAUUGACCACAGACUGUCAUUAGUAUUUUCGAAACGAGUGUAUCCAAGUGACCCGCGAGUUACCGAGUGUGAGAAAUAAAAAGAUCUCAGUAGGCACCGAAAGAAGUAGUCGAACUUCAUACAGUCGAAUAGUCUAAAAAGUGUUUAUGAUAACAUCAAGUUUAUAAGCGAAGAAAAGAAAGAUGCCUCCCGCUGCUACGACCGAGAAUCGGACCCGUGACGGACACGUUCUAGUGUGGGAACAAGCCGGCAUUGACGAGGAACACCCCCAAAAAGAACGGCGUUUCGGCACGCGGCACUAUGUCGUGUUCAUGCUGUUCCUUGGCAUGGCCAAUGCAUACGUUAUGCGAACAAACAUGUCCGUAGCCAUCGUGGCCAUGGUGAACCAAACUGCGAUUGAACACGAAGCGGAGGUGUUUGAUGACGAAUGUCCGGAUACGGACUACGGUGAGCCAGAGAAUCCAGCUGAUCGAAAAGACGGAGAGUUUCUGUGGAGUACCAGUCUACAGGGUUACAUUCUAUCGUCCUUCUUCUACGGGUACGUGAUCACGCAGAUUCCAUUCGGAUUAUUGGCCAAGAAGUACGGUGCCAUGCGGUUCCUCGGGUGGGGAAUGUUGAUCAAUUCUCUGUUUGCUUUCCUGGUUCCGAUCGCUGCCCGCCAGGGUGGUGCUCCGUGGUUGAUCGUCGUUCGCUUUAUCCAAGGUCUGGGUGAAGGUCCGAUUGUGCCAUGUACUCAUGCCAUGUUGGCUAAAUGGAUUCCGCCGAACGAGCGAUCGAGAGUCGGAUCGAUUGUGUAUUCAGGUGCUCAAUUCGGAACGGUCAUAUCUAUGCCGCUGUCAGGUUUGCUAGCAGAUAACGGAUUUGAUGGCGGUUGGCCUUCGAUCUUCUACGUGUUCGGAAUCAUCGGUACCGUUUGGUCCAUAGCUUUCUUGCUUACUUGCCACGAAGAUCCGAUCACGCAUCCCACCAUUCAGGAAGAUGAACGCAAAUACAUUCAGCAGUCACUGUGGGGCAAGGCCGGAGUAAACAUUCCUCCAAUUCCAUGGAAUUCGCUCGUCCGGUCGAUGCCAUUCUACGCAAUUCUGUUGGCGCAUUUGGGUCAAAACUACGGCUACGAGACGCUGAUGACCGAGCUGCCCACAUACAUGAAGCAAGUUCUGCGAUUCUCCAUCAAGGCGAACGGAACGCUUUCGGCUCUGCCUUAUCUGGCUAUGUGGAUAUUCUCGAUCGGGGUCGGUUGGGUUGCCGAUUGGAUGCUGACGUCGGGUCGCUUCACGCACACUCUGACCCGUAAGAUCUCGAACAGCAUCGGUCAGUAUGGCCCGGCGAUUGCGCUCAUCAUUGCAUCGUACACGGGUUGCAACCGUGCCCUGACGGUGGCAAUCCUGACCAUUGGUGUCGGUUUUAACGGUGGUAUCUACGCCGGCUUUAAGAUCAAUCAUCUCGAUCUCACGCCACGCUACGCUGGUAUCCUGAUGGCCUUUACCAACUGUUCCGCUAAUCUAGCUGGUCUAUUAGCUCCGAUCGCAGCUGGUAACAUUAUUGAGGGCAAGCCCACAAUUGCUCAGUGGCGAAUCGUAUUUGUGAUUGCGGCUGCAGUGUACAUCUUCACCGCGACGUUCUACAAUAUCUUCGCGUCCGGUGAGCGGCAACCGUGGGACAAUCCGGAUAAUGACGUGAUUGAGAAGCCAGCCUCGAUCGAAGCACCAGCUUACGAGAACGGAAAUAGCAAUAUUGCCAACGGCACGAACGGUACGACGACGGCUACGUAUCGGACGAACAACGCAGCCGAACAAAGGCAGUGACACUUUCCUUACGGGACCUUUCCGAGUUUCCGCAAGGGUUACGGUGAUGUAGGCUGUUGUAGAGUACGAUUUCUUUCGGUUUAAGAAAAACAACUAGGCAAUAACGAUUUCUCACCCUUCUUCACUCCUAGAAAAACAAUUCACAAUUGCUCCUACCCUUUCCCAAUACACCUCUCCCUCCUACUAUCCUAAUUUGUUGCUUUACUUAGAUUAAUCAUCUAUGUUAUUCUGUUUUGAUAUUCUUGUACGUUUACCUGUUGAACGAGUGAUUUUCUAGUUAAGUUCAUUAACACACUCGAUUAUCCCGUAUAAUUGUUGAGCAAUGAAAUUUUGCCUAGGUAAAGUCUGGGCAGCAGAACUAAAGACUUGUGAUUAAGCUACACAUUCACAUGAAAUAGGAGAAAAUUCUAAAUCAAACUGCCCAUUUUUUGUGAAAUCAAGCCUGAAAUGGAGUCUGUCGCCGCGUUUUUAGCAUAGGGCCGGAAUAUUUGUUUUAUUAAAGUACAUAUUUAUAGAUAUCGUCGUCGACCGUCAAUUCCACACAGUGCCGUAGCCAUCCAAAUCCAAGCAAAGGUUGUGCAUGCAGAAAUGCAUGGGAUCGAACACUGAAUAAUUUUUUUUUGUUAUUAAAAAAAAAACUAGAAAUCAUAUACAAUUUACUGUAUAGUAAAAUAUUAAAGCAAAAAAAAAAAUCA